AUGGAUUAUACUAAUUUAGGAUUUCAAACAAUCGACUUACAACACCAGCACCACAAAUGUAAAAGUCAUAAGAGAACGUUAUUUAGCAAUAAAGAAAUUUUGCUUGUGUUUGCUUUAAUUGGCGCUCUAAGCAUACCCAGAACCGGAUGCGAUGAUACGGAAAACUUUCAGAAAAACAGCAUUCUCUGUUGUCUUGUUGAAGGUCCAAGUAUGAAUGAUAAUUCAUUAAAAAAUAUUCAUCUUGAUGGAAAAUUAUUUUUCAAUUCAUAA